GUUAAAAUAAAAAAUUUCCUUCUGUGUACAUAGGUGUCACAAGUUUCGAUUUCAUAACUCAGCACAAUUUUUAAUAAUCAACGUGUAGAAACAUUUCCAAAGUAAGUAUUUGGAAUGUUUUGUGCUAAUGUUACAAGUCUUUUGCGUUCCAAAAUUUCUAUUCACUCUUUGAAGAAAUUAAUUCGACCUAUGUCUAGCACAUCUAAUUAUCAAUAUGAAACCUUAUCGGUCACAUCUGACCGAGACCAUGUUUUGCAUGUUCAGCUGAACAGACCUGAUAAAUUAAAUGCCAUUAAUAAAAUCUUUUGGCAUGAAGUUCUUGAUUGUUUCCGAAAAAUCAAGGAUGACAAAGACUGCCGUGUUGCUGUCGUCUCUGGUAAUGGGCGCAUGUUUUCUGCUGGCCUGGAUUUUUCUGAUAUGCUGGAUCUCACUUCCAAAAUAGUUAGUAAAGAUGACAUUGCCAGAAAGGCUAAAUACUUGCAAGCGACGAUUGCCCAAUUCCAGCAGUCCUUUACUGCCAUCGAAGAUUGCCAAAAGCCGGUAAUUGCAGCAAUCCACAAUGGAUGCCUUGGAGCAGGUGCUAAUCUUGUAAGUGCCUGCGACGUGCGCUAUUGCACGGAAGAUGCCUACUUUGCUAUCAAAGAGAUUGACAUUGGUUUGGCUGCCGAUAUUGGCAUUCUACAACGACUGCCAAAAGCUGUAGGCAAUGAUAGCCUUUUGAGGGAAUAUAUUUUCACUUGUAAACCCAUUGAUUCAAAAGAUGCCAAGGAAAUUGGAAUUGUGAGUAAGAUAUUUCCUUCUAAGGAGGAGAUGAUGAAUGCAGCAUUUGAUCUGGCUGCUCUGAUUGCAUCCAAAAGCCCUGUUGCAGUGCAAGGAACGAAGAUUGCUCUGAAUUAUUCUCGUGAUCAUUCAGUCAAGGAAGGGCUGGAAUUCAUGACUUUUUGGAACAUGACAAUGCUUCAGAGUGAAGAUGUACUCAAAGCAGCUGAGGCUACAAUCUCCAGAUCAAAAGAGCCCCCGAAAUUCUCAAAGUUGUAAAAUAAACUCCAAGUCUGCUUGUUAUUCAUCUGUCUGACAAUUUGCCAGUACAGUGUGAUUGAGAAAAAGAGUUAUUUUUAUCAUUUUUAUAUCAAUUGUUUUUUAAAAAAAGGAUACUAAUGAUUAAAAAAGCAUUUGCCUUAGACAUAAUAAAUUUCUAUUUCAAACAA